AUGUCAACCAAGAUGGCAUCGGAUCGUCCGAUUCUUCCAGCACAACGGCGACGACGCCAUGGUGUCAUUGCUGCGUCCAUUGCCUUGUUUGUUGCGACUUCGUUGUAUUUGACUUCCCAACUACCUUCUUUGGAAGAUGGCUUUGUCUCGCACCAUGACAAGGUUGUUUCACCGGGUAUUGGGCACGCAUCGUUUGAAUAUGGUCUUUCGCAAUGUGAAUCCAUCCUUGAAGAGCCAUCUCCUUCCAUUGACAACAUUUCAAGAACCAAUCCACGUGCCACAUCCAACAGCACCUUAUUGAUCAAGAAUGGUCAUCUCUGGUUAGGCGAUCGCUAUGUGGAUGGUGAUUUGCUCGUACAAGAUGGUGUGAUACGCGACAUAGGAGGAGAUCGUGGAGAUCAGAUUCAAGUGGACAAGGUGAUCGAUGCGGGAGGAAGCGUUGUCACGCCCGGCAUUGUUGACAUGCAUUCGCAUAUGCUGGUGGAAAGCUUUUAUGAACUCAAUGCCGUCGUUGAUAAUAACGAAAUGACACAGCCGACGACACCGUUUGUACGAGUGAUUGAUGCUAUCAACCCCGGUGAUCCUGCACUGAAGGUGGUUGCAAGUGGCGGUGUUACUACUUCGUUGAUUCUUCCUGGAUCUGGAAAUCUUAUGGGCGGAGAAGCUGCUGUGGUUAAGCUAAGACCUAUGCCCACAUUAUCAGGAGAAGACAUGCUUGUUACCGCCAAUGCUCCCAAAGAUGAACUUGUAUGGCGUUACAUGAAGAUGGCGUGUGGAGAAAAUGCGAGACGCGCGUAUGGACUUGAACGACACGAGAUGCCAAAGACACGGAUGGGCGAAGCUUACCUUUUCCGGAAGCGUUUCCAAGAAGCUCAUGCAUUGAAAAGAGCUCAAGAUGAUUGGUGUGAAGCUGCCAUACGAUUGAAUUCGACACAUGCUGGAUCCAAAGGCCGUGUGCGAUUGGAUGAGCCUUUCCCAGAGGAUUUGGAUUUGGAAAGCUUGGUGGCACUCAUGCGGCACAAAGUCAAAUUGAAUGUCCACUGCUAUUUGCCUCAAGACAUUGAAGCUAUGGUGCGUCAUUCUUUGGAGUUUGAUUUCGAUAUUGCUGCAUUCCAUCAUGCGUUAUCAGCUUGGCAAGUGCCCGAUAUCAUUAAGCGAGCCAAGACCAACAUUACUAUUGCAACAUUUGGAGACAUGUGGGGAUACAAGCAUGAAGGAUGGGACACCAAUGUGGAAGCUCCAAGUAUUUUGACCGAGGCAGGUAUCCCUGUGGCACUCAAAAGCGAUCAUCCAGUGACAGAUGCACGAGAUUUGAUGCAUGAAGCACAAAAGGCAUACCAUUAUGGGUUUAGCGAGCAUGAUGCACUCAAGGCAGUGACUAGUGUACCAGCUGCAGCAUUGGGUUUGGAUUAUCGAAUUGGAAGCAUUGAAGUGGGCAAAGACGCUGAUCUUGUGGUUUGGGAUCAACAUCCCUUGACACUGGGUGCACGUCCCAAGCAUGUUGUUAUCGAUGGUAUGGAGCUAGAAUUCAACACCUCAUGGGCCAAGCAUGUCGACGAGGAGAUUCAAAAGCCAUCAAGCACUAAUCAGCAUGAAACGCACGUACAAGCAUCGGAUCAUUCGCUACCUCCCAAACCAGCAACCUCCAUGCAAGUCCAUGAUACGAAGGCUGCUUGUGCACCGGAUGUGGAUACGUUUGUGUUACGGAACAUCAGUCGAUUGCAUGCAGGUCCUGAUCAAACCUAUGAUGGUCCUAUUGAAUUGGCAAUCAAAGAGGGUCGAGUCACCUGCAUCAGCUCCAAUUGCAUCAAUGACGAGAAAGCAGCUGAAUUCGAUCUCAAUGGUGGUGUUGUCAUACCUGGUAUUCUUCUUGCUGGUGCACCAUUGGGCUUGACAGAAAUCAUUGCUGAGCCAGCGACAUUGGAUGGUUAUGCAAAGCAUGACUUGUUCGAUAAGGACCUCCAUAGAAAAAUGUCUCGUGCUGCUUAUGGUGUGCAAUUCAAUGGGCUUCAUAUGCAAAAGGCGUUCAGAGCAGGCAUCACUACCUCUAUAUCGCAGCCAUUGAUCGAUGGGGAUUAUACACUUGCUGGUGUUUCUGUUGCCUUCCAUACUGGUGUGCAAGAUACAGCCUAUGGUGUGAGCGAUGCCUAUGUUGAAAGAGAAGCAGCCCUCCAUUUUACAAUUAGCCAUUCCGCCACGGCCAAACUUACCGUAUCUCAGCAAAUAGCAGCCAUUCGAGAUGUCGUGACACGCCCUGAUCCUCUCUUUUUACGUGCUUCUAAUGGCGAAAUACCGGUGGUUGUUGAGACUGACAACAAGGACGAGAUUGCAUCCAUUGCCCGAUUAAAAAAGGAAGAGCUGCCUCAGACUCGAUUUGUCAUUUUGGGUGGUGCUGAAGCACACUUGGCAGCAAAUGCACUUGCCGAUGCCGAUAUUCCAGUGAUAUUGAAACCAGGUCGCUGUUAUGGUAAAUCAUGGCAGGCUCGACAAUGCUUGUAUGGACCACCCCUUACAUCUGAUUCGGUGUUGGACGUAUUGCUUGCGCAUGGUGUGCGUGUGGGUCUUGGCAGCACUGAUCCUGACGAUGGUAGUGCACGCAACAUGAUUUGGGAAGCCGGAUGGAAUCUUGCUCAUAAUGCCAACUUGACUCAAGAAGCAGCCGUCGGUUUGGUCACGUGGAACUUGGCCCAUAUCUUUGGAUUGCAAGAUCAAGUAGGAUCGAUUCAAAAAGGACAUCAAGCUGACUUUGUUGCUUACAAUGGCAACCCAUUCGAGUUUGGUACGCGUGUCCAAAUGGUGUAUGGAGGUGCCUAUCCUGGUCCCUUAUGUUUCCCCAAACAAGUAUAA